GGGCGGCUGUUGGUAGAAGAGAUUUUAUGUUCUCGCGACAUUACCUGCUGCGGAACUCCCUGUCACCUGAGAAGAACUGAGACCGGGGAAAAUAAAUUAGGAAGAGACUAUGUCUGUGAAUGAUGAUGGGUAUGUGGUGAGAAUUCGGGGCUUGCCUUGGUCCUGCACCCAGGAAGAGGUGGCAGGGUUCUUCUCUGAUUGUAACAUCGUCGGGAAAGUGAAUGGAGUGUGCUUCACGUUUUCCAAAGAAGGAAGGCCCAGUGGAGAAGCUUUCGUGGAGCUGAAAUCAGCAGAGGAUUUUAAAAAAGCCAUAGCAAAGGAUAGGAAACACAUGGGUCAUCGCUAUAUUGAAGUUUUCAAGUCAAACCGUAGCGAGAUGGACUGGGUGUUGAAACGCAGCGGCCCUACUGACUACGACAGCUGCAGCGGGUGUAUGAUACGUCUCCGGGGACUUCCUUUUGGCUGCAGUAAGGAGGAGAUAGUGCAGUUCUUUGCAGGGUUGAAAAUCGUGCCAAAUGGGAUAACAUUGCCGAUGGACUACCAGGGGAGGAGCACAGGGGAAGCCUUCGUGCAGUUUGCCUCAAAGGAGAUAGCAGAAAAGGCACUGGGGAAACACAAGGAAAGAAUAGGGCACAGGUACAUAGAAAUCUUUAAGAGCAGCCGGAAUGAGAUCCGGGCUUACUAUGAGCUCCCCAGAAGGAUGAUGGGGCAGAGACCUAGUCCCUACGACAGGCCCAUGAUGGAGCGAGGUGGGUUCUUCCCUGGUCCAGGACGGGGGGGUGCUCUUUUGGACCAAAUGCGUGGAGGAGGCUACAGUGGGGGUAUGUGCAAUAAUUUUGGCUAUGGCGGAUUUGACAACUACAAUGGCUUCAGUAAUUACUGUUUUGGCAAUGGCAUGUUUGAUGACCGAAUAAGGGGCGAUAGAGGAAGAGCUAUAGGUGGCCAUGGCUACGGUGGUGCAGGUGAUCAUAGCUCCCACAGCAGCUCCCACAGCGGCUUCCACAGUGGCCAUUUUGUACACAUGAGGGGCCUGCCUUUCCGUGCCACUGAGGGAGACAUAGCCAAUUUCUUCUCCCCAUUGACUCCUGUGCGAGUUCAUAUCGACUUUGGACCAAAUGGAAAAUCCACAGGCGAGGCCGAUGUUGAGUUUAGGUCUCAUGAAGAUGCUGUUUCAGCUAUGUCGAAGGACAAGAAUCACAUGCAACAUCGAUACAUUGAGCUCUUCUUAAACUCAACUGCUAGUGGAGCAUCUGAAAUGGGCCGCGGCGGCGGUUUCUAUGGUAACUCAGGAGGCAUGGGCUUGAGACGGAGUGGACUGAGGGGGAUGUUCUAAACAGGAGUAAUCACCAUUCUAAACCAAACGUUCAAGUCUUGAAGAUUUGUUUUGUAUUUGAAUGUUUUCACAUGUUCAGAAAAAGUACCUACUUAAAAUAUUUUCCAGUCUCAAAGAGUGGAAUAAAAAGUAUAUAUUUGAGCAGUUGCAUAGGCUAACCAACUAUUGUACAUUUUACUUAAUACAUUUUAUAUUUAAUUC